AUGAGCUGGGUCACCCUGGCAAGGCUGAUUACAAGCCGAAGUGUCAUUCACUGCAUCCGAGUCGAUUGCAUUCGCGCAGUAGCAUGCCGUUCCUUCCACUCCGGCAUAGAAAUAGGUCCCAUUAAUGCUGGAGUCACAAACUUCGACACAUUGGGGAACCGUCGUAACAUUGGCAGAAGAAGCGUUUAUGAGAGGAUAUCCAUCUCCAGUCAAGUCAAUGUAGCAGCCUAUCUCGGCGUAGAUACCGAAUGGCAUAUUGCCCCAGCACUGGUUGAUCUUGACAAACUACCUGUUUGUAAACUUGUUACGGACGGGAGUAAUGAGUUAGAGCUACUAGAUGAAGGAGAAGACCCCAUUGAUAAACUAGUAACUUGUGGGAUUGACAAGGAUGAGGGUACUGAGCCGAAGCUGCUGGAGGCAAUUCCGGUCGAACCUAACAAAGACGAAGCCCAAAAAGUUGAGCCCAGCGAGCUUGAGCCUGAGCCUCCAUAUAUUGAGCCCGGUAGGCUUGAGCUUGAGCUUGAGCGAAUCCCCGGUGAUCUCGAAACCACAUCGGUUAACAUGCUCAUUGAGCUUGACGUAUCUCCGGGCCAUUGUGAAGUCAGAGGAGACUCCGAUGGGCCAUCAAGUAGGGAUUUUGAAAUCAACCCUUCUGAGCUCGGUGAGUUUGAGCUUGAAACUGCUCCGGCGGAGACUGAGGAACUCCAGGCGGGGCCUAUUAAGCCCAAUGAGCUUGAGCUUCGGCUUGUCACCUGUGAACUUGAAGAAGCCCCCAUUGAGCCACCAAGUAGGGUAGUCGGAAUUAGCUGUAUUGAGCUUAGUGAGCUUAAGCUGGAGCUUGAGCCUACCCCUGAACCUGACUCUGGGACUCCUCCUAUCGAGCUUGAAGCAAAAGCCCUUGUUACUGCGCCUGAAGGUCUUGAUACAUAUCCGGUCCCUUGUAAAGUUGAGGGAGGCCCCGUUGUGCUAGAAGGUAGUGAAUUUGAAAUUAUACCUGUUGAGCUCAAUAAGCUUGAGCUUGAGCUGAACGCCUGCGAGCUUGAGACUGCCCUCGACGAGACCGGGAAACUCAAGCUGCGGAGAGCUACUUUUGAAGCAAAGCCCGUUGAGCUGAGAGUACUCGAAUUCGGGUUGCUCACAGGCUGCGAGGUUGAAGCAAAGCCUGUGGAGCUAAGAGUACUCAAAUCUAAGCUACUUACAGGUUGCGAGGUCGAAGCAAAGCCUGUGGAGCUGUAA